UGAAUUAAAUAGUCGAACGUUGGUCACAGAAGUCAGUUGAAUCCAAAAUGUCAUUGCAACGAAUUUUGGUCUUGGUAGCCGUGGUUUCCACCGUUUGUGCUAUUCCAAAACCCAAACCUCCCCGAGACGUGCCACCUGGAGUCAUAAUAUGCGCAAUUGACAAUGGUCCAUGUGUACGCAGAGAACUGCAAAGUAUUUUGGGCGUACUUAGUACUGAUCCUGCGAGUUUGGGCAUUGGCGCAUCUCAGCCAUUAAAAGUGAACGCGUGGACAGCGGCACCGGGUUACUUGGUAGACUUUCCCCAGAAAUACAAAAAUCUUAGACUAUACAAUCACAUUUUCAAUCGCAUUCUAAAUGUUCAAUCAAAUGUCACAAACACAGGGGUGGUGUUGACUAUGAACGUUUACAAUCCAGAAGUUGCUCUUCGCGCAGACUUCGAGUUCCAAAAUGCCACCUUCCUUGGCGUUCCAGUGAGCAGUAGAGGGUCAGUUACCUACAGACAUCAAGGAUACUGGGGAACGGUAACGAUGUCUGGAGGUAUAAUUCAAAAAGGUCAUGAAAAAUAUUUAUCGAUUUCCAACUUUACCAUUGAAUUUAACGCUUCGAAAGUUUUGUUUAGUUUCAAAACAGGAAACUCAUCGCAGGAUGCUUCCCUUAAUCAAUUAUUCGGAGAUAAUUGGGAUAUUGCAUUAAAUGACGUCAAAGCGAGCUACGAAGCGUUGUACGCCUAUUCGUACAGUAAGGUUUGGAACACUAUAUGUUCUUUGUAUCCUUUUGAUUCACUCUUUCUCAGUUAAACUAAUUAUAUUUAGAAUAGUAGUCGUUUAUGGUGUUGGUAUUAUUAGCACAGUUAAUUAUAAAUAAAUCGCUUCAAAUGA